GGCCCUAUGCUGCACGUGGCAUCAUCCCUCAUUGCGGCGGUGGUGUGUACCACUUGCCACAUGCCCUUCGACGUGGUGCUCACCAUGUACCAAAGCGCCCAGAGCCUGGGCGGCGCCUUUGCGCGCUACGGCGCAACAGGGCCCCAGGCCUGUGCUGCGCUGCUGAUUCGGGAGUCGGGGCCCGGAAUUCUUUUCCGUGGCUGGGUGCCCGCCUUCCUUCGACUAGCGCCUGUGUGCGUUUUCUCCUUCGGGCUCUACGAGCAGCUGAGGCAGCUGGUUGGCAUCGGGUACUUGGACUGAGAACUGGC